CAGCAUUUGCUAAACAAACCAACGAGCAACGGACAUGCGCGUCACCGUUUGACGUGCCAACGUCAAAAUGGCAGGCACAUUAGUAAGAUUUACAAAUGCAGCAAGAAGUCAUUAUGGACUUGUUGCUGCAAGUUGCAGCAAUGCCCAAGUGGCAUUCUAUUCGUCACCUCCUCCAGGCACUCCUCCACCUCAAACAAAAACAACAUUUGGCCCACUUUCCGAUGAAGAUCGUAUAUUUACAAAUUUGUAUGGAAAACAUGACUGGCGUUUGAAGGGGGCUUUGAAAAGAGGCGACUGGUACAAAACGAAAGAAAUUUUACUCAAAGGAUCAGACUGGAUUAUAAACGAAAUAAAAACAUCUGGCUUACGUGGUAGAGGAGGCGCUGGUUUUCCCUCAGGAAUGAAGUGGUCUUUCAUGAACAAACCAGGAGAUGGCCGACCUAAAUACCUUGUUGUCAAUGCUGAUGAAGGAGAACCCGGCACAUGCAAAGAUAGGGAAAUUAUGAGGCAUGAUCCACACAAAUUAGUGGAAGGGUGUCUUAUUGCUGGCAAAGCAAUGGGAGCGAAAGCAGCUUAUAUUUACAUUAGAGGCGAAUUUUACAAUGAGGCAUCAAAUAUGCAAGUUGCAAUUGCUGAAGCUUAUCAAGCUGGUUUGCUAGGCAAAAAUGCAUGUGGUUCAGGAUAUGAUUUUGAUGUUUUUAUGCAUAGAGGUGCAGGGGCUUAUAUUUGUGGCGAGGAAACUGCCUUGAUUGAAUCUAUUGAGGGGAAACAGGGUAAACCAAGGUUGAAGCCACCUUUCCCAGCCGAUGUGGGAGUGUUUGGGUGCCCCACAACUGUGACUAAUGUUGAAACUGUGGCAGUAUCGCCUACAAUUUGUCGCCGUGGGGGAACAUGGUUUGCUUCAUUUGGACGCACCCGAAAUUCAGGAACCAAACUUUUCAACAUUUCUGGACAUGUGAACCGACCUUGCACUGUAGAAGAGGAAAUGAGUAUCCCCUUCAAAGAACUAGUGGAACGUCAUGCCGGUGGUAUCAUUGGAGGUUGGGACAAUCUUUUGGCCAUCAUUCCUGGUGGUUCUUCAACACCGCUUAUACCGAAAAGUGUUUGCGAGGAUGUUAUCAUGGAUUUCGACGGUCUUGUUGCUGCCCAAACAAGUUUAGGAACCGCCGCUAUUAUCGUAAUGAACAAACAAACCGAUAUUGUCAAAGCUAUUGCUAGAUUGAUCAUGUUUUACAAACACGAAUCUUGCGGCCAGUGCACCCCUUGUCGCGAAGGAAUCAAUUGGAUGAAUAAAAUCAUGUACAGAUUUGUCGAUGGCAAUGCCAAACCCGAGGAAAUCGACAUGUUGUGGGAACUGAGUAAGCAGAUCGAAGGGCACACCAUUUGUGCUCUCGGCGAUGGUGCUGCGUGGCCAGUUCAGGGACUCAUCAGGCAUUUUAGACCAGAAUUAGAAGAAAGAAUGAGGAAGUUCCAUGAGCAAAAUAGGAGCGCUGCUCGGUGUUAAUUUGUAGCAUUUCAUAGGUUUAAUUAACUUUGAAAUAAAAAAAGCGAGGUUUACUUUUUAAGUAUUUAUGUUACAAUGUCUAGAGAUUUUUGAAUUCUUCAGCCAACAUAUUGACAAAUUUAUCAACUGGGGCGCUUCAACAACUUUAUUUUU